AUGCUUCCUCUCCAUGCUUCCUGGCCUGGCCUUUAUAGAUUAGCCACACUGGUUCGCCCUGUGCUAGCAGUUAGACUAAUACGAGUGACAGCAACAAUGGGAACUAAUAGCAGCAAAGAAGGAAACACGGACACUAUGUUCAAAGCUGGUGAGGAGCCCAAACCUGAGCUCAACUUCACUGAGCAAGAAUUGAGGGCCAAGCUCUCAGAAGAAGAGUUUAAUGUCACCCAGAAUAAAGGCACAGAGAGGGCAUUUACAGGUCGCUAUGUCGACGUUAAAGAGGAUGGGAAAUUCCACUGUGUAGUGUGUGACACUGUUCUCUUUGAUUCUGACAAGAAGUUCGAAUCAGGAAGUGGUUGGCCUUCGUUUACUGACGUGGUUGAGAAGGCUAAUGUCCAUCGUAUAGUGGACACUUCUCUUGGUAUGGAGCGUGCGGAAGUGGUGUGUGCCAAGUGUGGAGCACACCUUGGUCAUGUGUUUAACGAUGGCCCCUCGGAGGACACUGGACUGAGAUAUUGUGUCAACUCAUGUUCCCUCAAGUUCAACGAAAAGUCUUAAGAGGCCAUAUACAAUCAAUUAUACCAGUCUUUUUAAUGACUAUGUAGCUUGCUCAUACUUAAUUUGCUUUGUUUUUAUCUAUGAUUGUUUUCCAAACAUGCCAUAUUAAAAUUGUCGAUCUUUGAAUAAUAAUAA